UCCUCUUGGUCCCUUGUCCCUUCCCUGUCUCCAAGAUGAUGUGUGUGUGGACAAAAGUUCUGAUAAUGACCCUGCUACUGCUGAAUUCCCUGGUGGCUGCAGGCAGAGACAGCCCAGAGCACUUUAUGGAGCAGAUGAAGUUGGAGUGUCACUUUGUCAAUGGGACUGAGCACGUGCAGUUUGUGUGGAGACUCAUCUACAACCGCCAAGAGAUUCUGCGCUUCGACAGCCACGUGGGGAAGUUUGUGGCCUUGACCGAGCUGGGGCGGCCCAUUGCGGAGCUAAUGAACAGCCUGCUGGAGGCCCUGGAGCAAGCACGGGCCCAGGUGGCCAGGUGCAAAGACAACUAUAGGUUGCUAAAGUCCUUCUGGAUGCAGAGGAAGGGUAAGCCUGAAGUAACUGUGUAUCCAUCAAAGAUGGCUCCCCUAGGAUACCCAAACCAGCUUGUCUGUUUUGUUACCGGUUUCUAUCCUGGGGACAUUGAGGUCAAGUGGUUCUUGAAUGGUCAGGAGGAGAUAGCUGGGGUUGUGUCCACAGGUCUGAUUAGCAAUGGAGACUGGACCUUCCAGAUUCUGGUGAUGCUGGAAAUGAUCCCCAAGCAUGGAGAUGUCUACACCUGCCAAGUGGAGCACUCCAGCCUUCAGAACCCUGUCAUUGUGGUCUGGGAAGCACAGUCCAGAUCAGCCCAAGGAAAGAUGCUGAGUGGAGUUGGGGGCCUUGUGCUAGGGCUGAUCUUCCUUGUGGCUGGCCUUACUGUUCACCUCAGGAGUCAGAAAGGUUUUGAAGCUAAGUAAAAUCUUGGACCCUGAAGAGGGAAGAAGUGAUAGUGCUUUUGGGCUCGGAGUCCUGCAAGAGAUUCACCACUGUCUUCUGAUAGUCUCCAUCUAACUGUUGAGGCUGUGUGUCCCCUGGAACUGAUCCGUCUCCUCUCACCAUCUCUCCCAAACAAGGAAGCCACCUCCCCGUAUCCAGGAGGUUAGCAGUGCGGAUCCCUUCCCUGGAGUAGCUCCUUUCCUGUCUCUCUUCGGAUUCUCCAGGCACUGCCUUUCACUGUAUACCUCCUGUUGUGUUUUGUCAGCUGCCCACACAGGGUCUUCACUGAUGAAGGGGAGGUCUGCACUUCAUCCUCAUAGAAAUGCAUGCUGCUGUAUGUACCUUUUAAGCAUUUUUAUCCCUUGAGUCUUUUCCUUAGUAAAUCAGAAUGGAAAGAAUCCCCUGGUGUUGGGCAGCAAGGAAACAGCAGAAGUGAGGAGAGGGAAGCAACUUCAAUAUUGCUAUGCAUCUGUGGUAUUCAUGUGGUCAAUCCCUCUGAAGGAUCAGAUCACACACAGCUCCUCCUUGUUAUCCUAUGUGACUUUUGUGCCCUUCAUAGAGGUCUUCCCAGUGUGCUGGUAGCCUUCCUCUAAAUGGCUUGAUGUCAUGUGGAUGGCCCUGAGUCACAUAAGUUGUCCAUUGGUCAUCCCUCACAGUCCCUACGUGAUAGCCUUCUUCCCCUUUUUGGUCGCACAUCUCUGAUGAUAUCCUUUGUGCUCAUCCUCCCCCUCAGUUCUUUAAAAUUGGUAAUAUCCUACAACCUACACACAUACACACAGACAUAUACACACACCCAUGUUGUGCCUCAACAUCAGCUGCUUUUCAAUUAAAGUUUUACUAAUAUACUUUGCUUUCCCCUCCUUUUUAUUUAUGAAUAUACCCCCUCCCAACUUUCUCUACCCACUGAGGCUUUACUUGUAUCAAAGAUGAAAAAAACACAAGCAGUGAUAUAAAACCAACCACAGUUUUCAUCCACUGUGUUUGACAGCCUUUGCAACAUUUCACACUCAUAGUCGCUCAUCUCUUCAAAGAAGAAGGAGGCGCAUAUUCUUCUCUAUGGCCAAACUUGGUCAUUGUGGUUACCCAGAGACUAGUUCCAUUUUAUUGCUCUUUGUUUUCAUUGCUAUAAUACUCAUCUCUAUUGCUUUCCUAGUUCUGCAUCAGUUCAUGUAGAUGCUCCCAUUUUCCUCCAAAUUUCUCAUACCCCUCCUUUCUUGCAUCAUAUUAAUAUUCCAACAAAAUGUGAUCUUCAGUAUGUUUAACCACUUCCAAACUGAUGAAUACUCAAUUUCUUUUCAGUUCUUUGGUACCACAAAAAAUUACUAUAAAUAUUUGACA